GUACCAGUGGGAGGGCGAGAGGGCAGAGAGCAGAGCAUAGCGAGGGGGAGAGCAGAGAGCAGAGCAUAGACGUUGAGCAGGAUGAGGGUGGCGGUGGUCGGCGGCGGGGUGAGCGGGCUGGCGGCGGCGCACGAGCUGCUCGGCGCCAGCGGCGGAGGCGACGUGCGUGUCACCCUGUACGAGCAGGAGGAGAGCCUCGGAGGGCAUGCCAGGACGGUGGCCGUCGACGACGACGACGGCGCCGGCGGCUGCGUCAACCUCGACCUCGGCUUCACGAGCUUCAACCAGGUAACAUAUUCCCACAUGAUGGAAUGGUUAGUAGGGCUCGGGGUGGAGAUGGAGAGAACAGACAUGUCUUUAUCAGUGAGUACACAAUCAGACGGUGCUGGAGGAGGGUGUGAGUGGGGAAAUAGCAACGGUAUCUCUAGCCUCUUGGCACAAAAGGCCAACAUACUGAAAAUCAGUUUUUGGCGCAUGGUCCGUGACAUAUUCAAGUUCAAGAACGAUGCGUUGACGUACCUGGAGUACCAAGAACAUAACCGUGAUCUGGAUUGUAAUGAGACGUUGGGGCAGUUCAUUCAGUCACAUGGAUAUUCCGUACUAUUUCAAGAGGCUUAUCUUUUUCCAGUCUGCGCAGGCAUGUGGUCAUCUUCAUCACAAGAUGUUUUGAGCUUGUCUGCCUUCUUCGUGCUAUCAUUUUUUCGUAACCAUGACCUUCUCCAGCUGUUUCGCUACCCCCAGUUGCCCACUAUCAAGGCUCGUUCUCAGUCCUUUGUAGACAAGGUAAAAGGAGCUUUGGAAAGCAUGGGAUGUCGAAUUAAAACCAGUUGUCAUGUCAAAUCUGUUGCAAGUUUUGGUGGAGCUGGCUACAAAGUCUUGGAGAAUGAUGGUUCAGAGGAAACAUACGACAAUGUCAUCCUUGGCAUUCAUGCACCUAAUGCUCUCAAAGUACUAGGAGCUGAAGCUACAGAUUACGAACUAAAAAUUCUAGGUGCUUGUCAGUAUGUCCACAGGGAUACAUACCUCCACCGCGAUCAAAAUUUGAUGCCCCGAAAUUCUUCGGCAUGGAGCGCCUGGAAUUUCCUGGGGACAACUACGAGUGGUUUUUCUAUUACUUACUGGCUAAAUCAUAUUCAGAAAAUUGAAUCUGUCAAGCCUUUCCUUGUGACACUCAAUCCCCCUUGUGUUCCGGAUCAUGUCCUGCUUAAAUGGUCUACAAGCCUUCCUGUUCUGUCUGUGGCUGCGGCGAAGGCUUACCUUCAGCUUGAUCAGAUCCAGGGAAAGAGAGGAAUAUGGUUCUGCGGGGCAUAUCAAAGUCAUGGCUUCCAUGAAGACGGAUUGAAGGCUGGAAAAGUAGUAGCCCAAGGUUUGCUUGGAAAGAAGUGUGAGCUUCUGCUAAACCCAAAGCAGAUGAUUCCAUCAUGGACUGAGGCUGGGGCCCGCCUUCUAGUUGCAAGAUUUUUCAACCAAUAUGUAUCCAUUGGUAACUUGACAUUUGUCGAAGAGGGAGGAAGUGUGUUCAGCUUUGGUAAAGCUUGUGACAAAUGCCAUGUAAAAUCUGUCAUGCGAGUUCAUGACCCCUUGUUCUAUUGGAAGGUUGCAACAGAAGGAAACCUUGGCUUGGCAGAAGCCUAUAUUAAUGGUUGUUUCUCCUUUCUUGACAAGAGAGAAGGCCUUCUCAAUUUUCUCUUGAUUCUCAUUGCAAACAGAGAUGCGCGUAGGAGCUCCAGGAUUGCUGGAAAUAGGGGUCGGUGGACACCCUUGCAUGUAAUAGCUCGGUUUGCACAUGCUAAAUACUUUAUGGGCCAAGCCUCAAGGAAGAACACUAUGGCACAAAGUCGUCGAAACAUCUCUCAGCACUAUGAUCUUAGUAACGAAUUUUUCUCGCUUUUUAUGGACAAAUCGAUGACCUACUCUUGUGCAAUUUUCAAGAAGGACAAUGAAAGCUUAGAAGCAGCCCAAGAACGUAAACUUAGCCUUCUAAUCAAGAAGGCCAAAGUCGAGAGGGGGCACCAUGUUCUUGAUAUUGGUUUCGGCUGGGGAAGUUUAGCAAUACAAGUGGUGAAGCAAACUGGCUGCAAAUACACUGGAGUCACUUUGUCAGAGGAGCAGCUUAAAUACGCCGAGGGAAAAGCAAAAGAAGCUGGCUUAGAGGACCACAUAACUUUUCUGUUGUGCGACUACCGUAAAAUACCACCGUGCAAGUAUGACGCAAUCAUAAGCAUCUGUAUGAUUGAACAUGUUGGCCAUGAAUACUUGGACGAUUUUUUUGCCUGCUGCGAGUCUUACUUGGCUGAAGAUGGCAUAAUGGCCUUGCAGUUCAUCUCAGUUCCAGACGAACGGUAUGAGCAAUAUAGAAGAAAGCCAGACUUCAUAAAAGAGUACAUAUUCCCUGGUGGUUGCCUUCCUUCAUUGUCCCGUGUAAUGUCUGCCAUGACCAGAUCUUCGAGGUUCAGCAUAGAGCAUGUCGAGAAUAUUGGCCCCCAUUACUACACAACUCUGAUGUGCUGGAUGGACAACUACACUGCCAACAGAGAUAAAAUUUUGGCCCUGGGCUUUGAUGAGAAGUUCAUCCGUAUAUGGGAGUACUACCUCAUAUUCUCUGCGGCUUGUAUGAAGGCACGAGCACUUGGAGAUUACCAGGUUGUUUUCUCUCGCCCAGGCAACCGUCGUCUAGACCAGCCUUUGGCUAAAGGCUAAAGCCAACUUAUCCUCCGUUCAGCUGUCGAACUGUUACUUUUCGAUAAUUCAUAUAGGCCGCCUAGCGAAUAAACCAUAUGGUUUGGUGAUCUACCUUCUUGUUUAUCGAAAAAGGCUUUCGUCCCUGUUUUAAUCAUGUGAUAUCUAGUUUUUCGUGGUGUUGUAUUGUUAUCUAUCAAUAGACCUUGUAUGUGUGUACGCAACGGCCCUGAUGACAUGUAACCUGCUCGCCUUUGUCACUUUUUAUCUGCUUUCCCUUUCUUAAUAAAGAUCAGCUACAACCUUUCGAAAGC